UGGUCCAAUCAGCGUCGACUCCAGAAGUGCCGGGGCAAAUAACAUGAUUUGAUGCAUGUUGUGUCGCUGAGCUAACUCGAAUAAGAGGCACUUACUGAAAAUAGCGUUGACCGGAGGAAUACAAACAGGACGAUACUAACAUCCACCCCAUACAGCAGAGGUAUGGACGCAGAGGGCUUUGGGGAGCUGCUCCAGCAGGCCGAGCAGCUGGCCGCGGAGACGGAAGCCGUGUCAGAGCUGCCGCACGUCGAGAGGAACCUCCAGGAGAUCCAGCAGGCGGGAGAGAGGCUCCGAUCCCGCACGCUGACUCGCACCUCACAAGAUGCUGCCGACGUCAAAGCGUCAAUUCUCCUCGGAUCCAGAGGCUUAGACAUCUUCCACAUUUCCCAGAGGUUGGAAACUCUCAGUGCUGCCACCACGUUUGAGCCACUGGAGCCAGUCAAGGACACUGACAUACAGGGCUUCCUGAAGAAUGAGAGGGACAACGCCCUGCUGUCCGCCAUUGAGGAGUCUCGUCGCAGGACGUUCCUGUUGGCUGAGGAGUACCACCGCGAGUCCAUGCUGGUCCAGUGGGAGCAGGUGAAGCAGAGAGUUCUGCACACGCUGCUCGGAGCCGGAGAGGACGCGCUGGACUUCAGUCAAGAUGUGGAGCCCAGCUUUGUGAGUGAAGUGACGGCUCCAGGAAGGAGUGCGUUGGACAGUGUGGAGGUGGCUUAUGGAAGACAGAUUUACAUUUUCAAUGAGAAGAUAGUGAAUGGUCACAUUCAGCCUAAUCUGGGAGACUUGUGUGCUUCUGUCGCGGAAAGCCUGGAUGACAAGAACGUAUCAGACAUGUGGCUGAUGGUGAAGCAGAUGACGGACGUGUUGCUCGUACCAGCUAAAGACACACUAAAGAGUCGCACUUCAGUCGAAAUGCAGAUGGCCUUCGUACGCCAGGCGCUCAGCUUCCUUGAGAACAGUUAUAAAAACUACACCAUGGUUACAGUAUUUGGGAAUCUUCACCAGGCCCAGUUAGGUGGGGUGCCAGGAACGUACCAACUAGUCCGCAGUUUCCUCAACAUCAAACUACCAGGGCCCCUGCCUGGCAUGCAGGAUGGGGAGAUCGAAGGCCACCCGGUGUGGGCUGUGAUCUACUACUGCCUGCGCUGUGGAGACCUGAAUGCAGCCAUGCAGGUGGUGAACAGAGUGCAACAUCAGCUCGGAGACUUCAAGACCUGGUUCCAGGAGUAUAUGAACAGCCCCGACAGACGCCUUUCCCCGACUUCCGAGAACAAGCUUCGUCUGCACUACCGCAGAGUGCUGAGGAACAGUGCCGACCCCUACAAGAGAGCCGUCUACUGCCUGAUCGGGAAAUGUGACAUCAGCGAUAACCACGGAGAGGUGGCGGACAAGACUGAAGACUACCUCUGGCUUAAGAUGAACCAGGUGUGUUUUGACGAUGAGGGCAGCAGCUCAUCUCAGGACAGACUGACUCUGCCACAGCUACAGAAACAACUGCUGGAGGACUACGGCGAGUCCCAUUUCUCUGCGAGCCAGCAGCCCUUCCUGUAUUUCCAGGUGUUGUUCCUGACCGCUCAGUUCGAGGCGGCGUUGGCAUUCUUGUUCCGCGUCGAGAGACUGCGCAGUCACGCCGUGCACAUGGCGUUGGUGCUGUACGAGCUCCGGCUGCUGCUGAAGUCGUCUGGCCAAAGCGCUCAGCUGUUGAGUCAGGAGCCCGGGGACCCGCCCAUGGUUCGCCGCCUCAACUUCAUCCGUUUGCUCAUGCUUUACACUCGCAAGUUCGAGUCCACCGAUCCACGGGAAGCCCUGCAGUACUUCUACUUCUUACGUAAUGAGAAGGACAGCCAGGGAGAAAACAUGUUCAUGCGCUGCGUCAGUGAGCUCGUUAUUGAGAGUCGAGAGUUCGACAUGCUGUUGGGGAGAUUAGAGAAGGACGGCAGCAGGAAGCCCGGAGUCAUAGAUAAGUUUGCCGGGGACACGAGAGCCAUCAUCAGUAAAGUGGCUCUGGAGGCGGAGAACAAGGGCUUGUUCGAGGAGGCAGUCCGACUCUACGAGCUGGCCAAGAACCCAGAUAAGGUGUUGGAGUUGAUGAACAGACUGUUGAGUCCCGUCAUAGCUCAGGUCAGCGCUCCGCAGUCCAACAAGGAGAGGCUGAAAAACACGGCGGUGGCCAUUGCUGAGAGGUAUCGUUCUCAGGGCGUAGCAGGAGAUAAAUCCGUCGACAGUACUUUCUACCUGCUCUUGGACCUGAUGACGUUCUUUGACGAGUACCACGCAGGACACGUCGACAGAGCCUAUGACGUGAUGGAGCGUUUAAAGCUUCUUCCUCUCAGUCAGGACAGUGUGGAGGAGAGAGUGGCUGCUUUCAGGAACUUCAGCGAUGAGGUGCGGCACAACCUGUCCGAGGUGCUGCUGGCCACCAUGAACAUCCUGUUCACCCAGUACAAACGCCUGAAGGGGCCGGCAGGCACACCUGGACGACCACAGAGGACCAUCGAGGACAGAGACAUGCAACUGCGCAGCCAGGCCCGAGCCCUGAUCACCUUCGCUGGCAUGAUUCCCUACAACAUGGCCGGGGACACCAACGCAAGACUGGUGCAGAUGGAAUUACUGAUGAACUGACAUGUCAAAAUACACACACACACACACACACACACACACACACACACACACACACACACACACACACACACACACACACACACACACACACACACACGCACGCACGAUCACACUCGUACACACUUGUCUGCCAUUUUGUUUUGUAUAGGCUACAGUAUUCAUCAGUAUGUUAACAGAUACAUCUUCAUCCUCCACACUUCUGUUUUUUGUCAUUUUCCCCCAUUUUGUUGUUUCAUAUUUUGUAUCUGUGAUGAUUUGGAAUAAAAAAAAAAGUUAACUUUUCAGUUGCCUUUUUGUUGAACGCUU